CCAACCCAAUCUCACAAUCUACAUUGUGUUAAUAUACCCUAGCUAGCAUGACUCCUCUUUUCUGUGGAUACACCAUUUGUUUUUGCAGGUACCAGCAGCAGCAGCACCCGCCGUUACCAUGGGUAUAGAUCUCGUUGCAGGUGGAAAGAGCAAGCGGACCAAAAGAACCGCCCCUAGAUCCGAUGAUAUCUACCUCAAGCUUCUCGUCAAGCUUUAUCGGUUUUUAGUUAGGAGAACUGGAAGCAAUUUCAAUGCUGUGAUUUUGAAGAGGCUCUUCAUGAGCAAAAUCAACAAGCCUCCGAUUUCGCUUUCUCGUUUGAUUCGUUACAUGUCUGGCAAGGAAGACAAGAUUGCUGUGGUUGUGGGCACAGUUACCGAUGAUGUUAGGGUUCAUGAGAUCCCUUGCAUCAAGGUUACUGCUCUCAGGUUUACAGAGACUGCUAGGGCAAGGAUUGAGAAGGCUGGCGGUGAAUGUUUGACAUUUGACCAGUUGGCUCUCAGAGCUCCACUUGGACAGAACACGGUUUUGCUAAGAGGUCCAAAGAAUGCUCGUGAAGCAGUGAAGCACUUUGGACCAGCGCCUGGUGUCCCACACAGUCACACCAAACCCUAUGUGCGAUCCAAGGGAAGGAAGUUUGAGAAGGCCAGAGGAAGAAGAAACAGCAGAGGCUUUAGAAACUAAGUUUUCUUUAAUCGUACUUCUUGAGUUCAUGCCAUGUUCUAUACAUUUAUCUUUAUAUUUCAUCGCAGAUUAAGGCGUUAGACUACUUUUUAUUAUGAAAUUAUUGUUCUUUAGGCAUCUGUUUGGUAUUGUUGAGUGUUUUGAAUCUUCAAACAUUUUCAUUUAGAUUUCUCUUAUGAUGUUUCA